AUGGGGUCUUGCGAAAUCCCACAUACAGAAGACACGCCGUCGGGAGAAUUAUCGGAAGAGUUUCAGGUAACAUUCUUCACUCCGCCGAAAUGCAGCAUCUUGUACAUAGCCUGCUGGAGAAUUGUUGCAGUCUCCAUCUCGAGUGCAGUGGUUGGGAGAGGAGAGCAGGGAUACAGCGACUUGCGCCUUGUGUAUGUUCGGUGGCUUGACAACUUAUCUCCGACAGCCUCCAACAUGCCUCUGGCACAGUGGCUGUGUUCUGCCAAGAGCUACAGUGGAUGA